UAUUUUCUCUGAUUCUGUAGAUUUUCUGAUUACUCUGUUGAUAGCUUAUUUUGCUGCUCAGAAGCUCUCAAGUUCAAUCAGAUUCCACUUGUCAAAUUUUGCUUCUGUUGUGAUUGCUUUUGGUGUUUUUAUCAUGAAAUCUUUGCCCAUUUCUAUGUCCAGGAUGAUAUGGCCUAGGCUAUCUUCCAGGAUUUUUAUAGUUUUGAGUUUUACAUUUAAGUCUUUAAUUCAUCUUGAGUUGAUUUUUGUAUAUGGUAUAAGGAAGAGGUCCAGCUUCAAUCUUCUGCAUAUAGCUAGCCAGUUAUCCCAGCACCAUUUAUUGAAUAGGGAGUCUUUUUUUUAUUGGAAAAGUAAAUUUUUUAAAAAGAAGGGAGGUCAAGAAGGCAGAUCAGACCGGGUAUGGUGGCUCACAUGUGUAAUCCCACCCAGGCUGAGGUGGCUGGAUCACCUGAGGUCAGGAGCUUGAGACCAGCCUGGCCAACAUGAUGAAACCCCGUCUCUAUCACAAAUACAAAAAUGGAGGCUCCUCCCUCCCCAAGAUGGCUGCUGAAGGUGAUUUAUUGCUGCUGCAGCUCCCCAAGCUGCUUAAAACCAGCAAACAGCUUCUGGAAAUAGAAGAAGUAGUGACUGAAUCUGCCGGUUUCCGGAUAGUCCAGGAGAAGAUGUUCAAGGACCUGGACCUCCUUGAGAAGGCUGCCAAAAUGUUGUCGCAGCUCGACUUAUUCAGUCAAAAUGAAGAUUUGGAAGAGAUUGCUUCCACUGACCUGAAGUACCUAUUUGGUGCUAGCAUUUCAAGGAGCCCUCACCAUAAAAUAAGUCAACCCCAGCAAAUGUCUAGAUCCUUUGCAGUGGGCUUGAGAACACUUUAUAAACUACUUAACUAAGUGCCAUUGCUAUCAUGUGGCAAAGUCUGAGCUGCCCAAAGCCAAGAACUCUGCUGAAAAUCACACUGCUAAUUCCUCUAUGGCUUAUCCUCGCCUCAUUGCUAUCAAAGACAGAUUAAAAU